AUGGCAUAUCCUUUCCAACUAGGUUUCCAAGAUGCUACAUCCCCUAUCAUAGAAGAGCUUCUACACUUUCACGAUCACACACUGAUAAUUGUAUUCCUAAUUAGCUCCCUAGUCCUUUACAUCAUCUCACUAAUACUGACAACCAAACUCACGCACACAAGUACAAUAGAUGCCCAGGAAGUAGAAACCAUCUGAACUAUUUUACCAGCCAUCAUCUUAAUUCUCAUUGCCCUGCCCUCCUUACGAAUUCUCUACAUAAUAGACGAGAUUAAUAACCCCUCUCUCACUGUAAAGACCAUGGGACAUCAAUGAUACUGAAGCUAUGAAUAUACUGACUAUGAGGACCUGAACUUUGACUCCUAUAUAAUCCCUACUCAAGAACUAAAGCCCGGAGAACUCCGAUUAUUAGAAGUUGAUAACCGAGUAGUGUUACCAAUAGAAAUGACUAUUCGCAUGUUAAUCUCAUCAGAAGACGUACUACACUCAUGAGCCGUCCCAUCCCUGGGCCUAAAAACUGACGCCAUUCCAGGCCGACUAAACCAAACAACCCUAAUAGGUACACGACCUGGGUUAUACUAUGGUCAAUGCUCAGAGAUCUGUGGCUCAAACCACAGUUUUAUACCCAUUGUUCUUGAACUAGUCCCACUAUCAUACUUUGAAGAAUGAUCUACGUCUAUACUGUAA